CGAAAUAAAGUGCUUAGUGAGUUCGCAGCAUACCUCGGAGCUCCGGUAUCAAACGUAACAUCACUAUUUAAAGUUAGCAUAGGUUUUAAUUGACUUGGGAAGUUUGGACUGGAUAGUUUGCUCGACGGAGAGCGAUAGCUAAAGAUCUGCUCUUCCAAUCUAUUUCUGUAGGUGUUUCGCAGAAUCACGACAUUGUAGAGCAACAGAACUCCAGACCAGAGUUUCAGGCUAAGAAGUCCCAACGUGCACUGCUGAUUUCAGCCAGCAAGUUUCUCAUCAAAACAGUCAUGUAAGUUUGUUAUAACUUCGCUUGAACGUUGGUCUGUGUUGUCCACAGUGAGAGUUCAUGUAACUUCAAAGUUUGCGUAAAUGUGUUAAUAUCUAAUUCAGGUUUUGAAGACUAACGUCUCUACUAUGCCACAUUUUCCCCAUUCAAAUAUAAAGUGAGUGUGAAAAACAUUAGGAACACCUGCUCUCUCCAUGACAGACUGACCAGGUGAAAGCUAUGAUCCCUUAUUGAUGUCACUUGUUAAAUCCACUCCAAUCAGUGUAGAUGAAGGGGAGGAGACAGGUUUAAAGAAGGAUUUUUAAGCCUUGAGACAUGGAUUGUGUAUGUGUGCCAUUCAGAGGGUGAAAGGGCAAGACAACAGAUGUAAGUACUUUUGAACGGUGUAUGGUAGUAGGUGCCAGUUAGAGAGUCAAGAACUGCAAUGCUGCUGGGUUUUUCAUGCUCAACAGUUUCAAGAAUGGUCCACCACCCAAAGGACAUCCAGCCAACUUGACACAACUGUGGGAAGCAUUGAAGUCAACAUGGGCCAGCAUCCCUGUGGAAUGCUUUUGACACCUUGUAGAGGGCUGUUCUGAGGGCAAAGGGGGGUGCAACUCUAUUUAUUUAUUUUUUAAAUGAAAAAUUCUCCAGUCUGAACUAAAAUGACUAAACCCAGGUAGAAAGUGUGUAAAAAUGAUAAUGAACCUAUGUUUUUUUUUAAAUAAUUUAACCUCUGAACUAUUUUUCUUCAAUCACAGUAUUUAACGGGAGUGGUUGAUUUAGUGGUCUCAAACCAGUGACCUUAACAUUCUUCAAGAAUAUGGGCAAAAUUGAAUUAUUGACAAUGAAAAAGGUGGAAUCGUUGCUUCAAAUACAGCAGUUGUGUUUAAUUGAGCCUUUCAUUCACCUUAAUUGCCUCAACACGUUAUUGAAAGACAUUAACUGUAUAGGAAGCUCUGGGGACAAAUCAUCUGGACAGAAUACAUUGGCAGAUAAACAGAUUAUAAUCUUUAGCGGACAAGUUAUUGAGGGCUUAAAAAAUCUAUAUAUAUUUUGUUCAUACUGUGGUUGCAAUAUCAACAGUCCUUUAUCUCUGGUAGAUCUCUUUAUGGACAUGUAAUUCACAAUGUCUGGGUUGUCAGUAUAGAAAAGUUGGGCCUGCAACGUGGACCUACAGGCAGUGGUGAAAACAUUUGCACACAAAAAAGGACUUCAGGAGACCAGGGGAGUCUCAAGUUGGGUUUGAUUUAAUUGGCGUUGAAUAUUGCAGCCCAUUUGUGUAGACUAUUAGCCAGACAACCUGCUGAGUUUAACAAUAGUGGCUGAAUUUAUCCUCCAGAUGACUACUUUUUCCCUCAUUGUUAGACUAUUUGAUGUGGAAUUUUAAAACAGGUUUCUAAAUAGAAGCUAAAUACGGUAUAUAGCUAUAGAUCACUGCAGAAUGAAACAAUCCCUCGUCAGGUAGUGGUUUCAGGGUGGACUGGCUGUAUUAAUGGGACAGAUACCCCCAAAAUCUACUUAACUGCUUUUUACUGAAGUACUUUACACCACUGCGAGUGGGCCGGCUGUGAUCGGUACCGUCAGCUGAGAACUCCAGGUGGGCCGGCUGUGAUCGGUACCGUCAGCUGAGAACUCCAGGUGGGCCGGCUGUAGGUACGAGCUGGUAAUAGACCCAGUCCGGCUGGACGCUACGUCACUAAACUCCAGAGUAUGGGUUGAUCGGUACGUAUGCUGAGAAUCAGUGGGCCUCUGUGAUCUUGUACGUCAGCUGAACUCAGUGCGCUGAGAUCUGUUACCGUCAGCUAGAGACUCCAGUUGGCCUGGCGAUGGUUAACCGUUCAGCUGAAACCAGGGGUCCGUGACUUGAUCGUAACCAGGUUUCUCCAAACUGAACCUUCAAGUGGCCGCUGUGUAUCGUACCGUCAGAGAACUCUUGGACCGCGUACUGGAUGCCCACUCGGGUUUUCUUGAGAUUUUUAUCUAACUAGGGUUUACAUUGUAGAAUAAUUAUGCUGAAGAGCAUCAAAACUUGAAUAUACAUCUCAGCUGAGAUCUGUAUGACCCAUGUCCUUACGAAAUCAAAUAUCCUUCGAUAGAGUUUACACUGCCAGCAACGUUCCUGAUGAUCACUUCUGCACACUACUGCAUUCUCCAAAUCAAAACUAUGAAAUAACCACAGUGGAAUCAUGUCGUGACCAAAAAGUCUUAAAGAAAUCAAAAUAUAUUGAAUCUUCAAAUAGCCACCCUUUGCCUUGAUGACAGCUUUGCACACUCUUGGCAUUCUCUCAACCAGCUUCAUGAGGUAGUCACCUGGAAUGCAUUUCAAUUAACAGGUGUGCCUUGUUAAAAGUUAAUUUGUGGAAUUAAUGCUUUUGAGCCAAUCAGUUGUGUUGUGACAAGGUAGGGGGGGGGGGUGUAUACAGAACAUAGCCCUAUUUGGUAAAAGACCAAGUCCAUAUUAUGGCAAGAACAACUCAAAUAAGCAAAGAGAAACAACAGUCCCAUCAUUACUUUAAGACAUGAAGGUCAGUCCAAUACGGAACAUUUCAAGAACUUUGAAAGUUUCUUCAAGUGCAGUCGCAAAAACCAUCAAGCGCUAUGAUGAAACUGGCUCUCAUGAGGACCGCCACAGGAAUGGAAGACCCAGAGUUACCUCUGCUGCAGAGGAUAAGUUCAUUAGAGUUACCAGCCUCAGAAAUUGCAGCCCAAAUAAAUGCUUCACAGAGUUCAAGUCACAGACACAUCUCAACAUGAAAUAUUCAGAGGAGACUGUGUGAAUCAGGCCUUCAUGGUCGAAUUGCUGCAAAGAAACCACUACUAAAGGACACCAAUAAGAAGAAGAGACUUGCUUGGGCCAAGAAACAUGAGCAAUGGACAUUAGACAGGUGGAAAUGUGUCCUUUGGUCUGGAGUCCAAAUUGGAGAUUUUUGGUUCCAACCGCCGUGGCUUUGUGAGAAGCUGUGUGGGUGAACGGAUGAUCUCCGCAUGUGUAGUUCCCACCAUAAAGCAUGGAGGAGGAGGUGUUAUGGUGUGGGGGUGCUUUGCUGGUGACACCGUCUGUGAUUUAUUUAGAAUUCGAGGCACACUUAACCAGCAUGGCUACCAGAGCAUUCUGCAGCGAUACGCCAUCCCAUCUGGUUUGGGCUUAGUGGGACUAUCAUUUGUUUUUCAACAGGACAAUGACCCAACACACCUCCAGGCUGUGUAAGGGCUAUUUGACCAAGAAGGAGAGUGAUGGAGUGCUGCAUCAGAUGACCUGGCCUCCACAAUCCCCCGACCUCAACCCAAUUGAGAUGGUUUGGGAUGAGUCGGACGGCAGAGUGAAGGAAAAGCAGCCAACAAGUGCUCAGCAUAUGUGGGAACUCCUUCAAGACUGUUGGAAAAGCAUUCCAGGUGAAGCUGGUUGAGAGAAUGCCAAGAGUGUGCCAAGCUGUCAUCAAGGCAAAGAGUGGCUAUUUGAAGAAUCUCAAAUAUAAAAUAUAUUUUGAUUUCUUUCAGACUUUUUUGGUUACUACAUGAUUCCAUAUGUGUUAUUUCAUAGUUUUGAUGUCUUCACUAUUAUUCUACAAUGUAGAAAAAACCCAGCCAGGUCAGGCAGCCAGGCCCAUCAGGCAGCCAGGCCCAUCAGGCAGCCAGGCCCAUCAGGCCCACCAGGCCCAUCAGGCAGCCAGGCCCAUCAGGCAGCCAGGCCCAUCAGGCAGCCAGGCCCAUCAGGCAGCCAGGUCCAUCAGGCCCAUCAGGCAGCCAGGCCCAUCAGGCAGCCAGGCCCAUCAGGCAGCCAGGCCCAUCAGGCAGCCAGGUCCAUCAGGGUCUGUGUAGUUGGCUACACUCUGGUGACCCGGCCUACCUGCUGAAACUAUUAAUCUCUCUGGCUCGUACUGGUCAGUGCUGCGGUCUCUCUCUCUAGAACCAUAUUGCUGUAGUGUAACUCUACCUCUUCCCCCCCCCUCCAGGGAGAUGUUGCUGUAGUGUAACUCUACCUCUUCCCCCCCCCUCCAGGGAGAUGUUGCUGUAGUGUAACUCUACCUCUUCCCCCCCCCUCCAGGGAGAUGUUGCUGUAGUGUAACUCUACCUCUUCCCCCCCCCUCCAGGGAGAUGUUGCUGUAGUGUAACUCUACCUCUUCCCCCCCCUCCAGAGAGAUGUUGCUGUAGUGUAACUCUACCUCUUCCCCACCCCCUCCAGGGAGAUGUUGCUGUAGUGUAACUCUACCUCUUCCCCCCCCCUCCAGGGAGAUGUUGCUGUAGUGUAACUCUACCUCUUCCCCCCCCCUCCAGGGAGAUGUUGCUGUGUGCUCUGGGGGGCCUGCUGCUGCUGCUCUUCUCCUGUCUGGAUGUCUGGUACUUCCUGCGGGGGGUGGUGGUGGUGGUCAGGGCCUGGUUCCAGAAGCCGGUGUGGGACGUCCUCGGGGAACAGAGUGUGUCGGGACGCGUCCUGCUUCACGAUAUCGACCUGGGACACAUGAACAACGCCAGAUACCUCCGGGAGUGUGACUUCGCCAGGUCAGAUGGGUCCCAGGGCAGGGAGGAUGCUGAGUUCUCUGUUGGUUUUAACAUAUUCCCCUAGAUGAUUCCUCAGUAGCUCCUAACCCCUGGAGGAUGAUGUGUGUGCAACGUCCUGUACUUCCCCAGGUUCUCCAUCUUCAGGGGGGGUGUGAUGAUGGUGUGUAAUGUUCUCCUCUCCCAGGUUCUCCCUGUACAGUCGUAACGGGGUGUUUAAGGCCUGCCGUGCCCUGAGGGCCACCAUGGUGGUGGGAGCCACUACUAUCCGCCUGCGCCGGGCCCUGUGCCUGGGGGAAGCAUUUGAGCUGCGCACCAGAAUCGUGGUCUGGGACGAGAAGGCCUUUUACCUUGAGCAGCGUUUCGUCUCCUGCAGGUGUGUCUGCUGGGUGUGUCUGCUGGGUGUGUCUGCUGGGUGUGUCUGCUGGGUGUGUCUGCUGGUGGUGUGUCUGCUAGGUGUGUUCUGUGGGGUGGUGUGGGUUGUCUAGGGUGUGUCUGACUGGGUGUGUCUGCUAGGUGUGUUGCUGGGGUGUGUGCUGGGUGUUGAUGGGUGUGUCUGCUGGGUGUGUCUGCUAGGUGUGUCUGCUGGGUGUGUCUGCUAGGUGUGUCUGCUGGGUGUGUCUGCUAGGUGUGUCUGCUGGGUGUGUCUGCUGGGUGUGUCUGCUGGGUGUGUCUGCUGGGUGUGUCUGCUGGGUGUGUCUGCUGGGUGUGUUCUGUGGGUGUGUCUGCUGGGUGUGUGCUGGGUGGGUGUGUCUGCUGGGUGGGUGUGUCUGCUGGGUGGGUGUGUCUGCUGGGUGUGUGUGUGUCUCUGUGGUGCUGGUGUGUUGCUGGGGUGGGUGUGUCUGCUGGGUGUGUGUGUGUCUGCUGGGUGGUGUGUCUGGCUGGGUGGGUGUGGUCUGUGGUGGUGUGUCUGUGGGUGGGUGUGGUCUGCUGGGUGUGUCUGCUGGGUGUAAUGCCUUAUGGAGUUCAGACAUGAAGACAAUCCUACUUUUCAACCUGUUUUGGCUUCAUGUAUUACAUCCAUGUGAAUCAGUAUAUGAUAUGAUGAUGAUAUAUGAUGUAACAGUAUGAUUAUUUUCUGUUCCAGGGACGGUCUGGUGGCAGCUGUCAUGUGGUGUAAACAGAACGUCAUGCGCAGCAGCCCUGAUAAGAUACUGCAGUACCUCUGCAAGAGAAAAGUAGGAGGUGGGGGGGAGGGAGAGGGGGGGAAAGGGAGGAGAGGGGAAAGAGGGGAAGGGAAGGGGAGGAGGGGAGGGAGAGGAGGUGGAAGAUAAAUGAGGGGGGGAGGGGAGGGACUGAUGUAGAAUUUCAGAUCCUACAACUGAAUAAAAUUAAAGGAGGGCUGAUUUAGGUUUCAGUCCUCAUUAGGAAACGAGAACCAGAUGUGGGUCUUGGAGGAGUGGCGUUGAUGUGGCCGUCUCUUGUGUGUUUGGACAUCCGCUGUUAGUCACUCAGCCUUCUAGAUAACUCCAAACCGUCUAACCAGGUCCAAACCGUCUAACCAGGUCCAAACCGUCUAACCAGGUCCAAACCGUCUAACCAGGUCUUGUCUGGAAGUAGCCUCGACUAGCUAGCAAGCUAGCCAACUUCAUUCACCAAUUAGCUGCACCGUGGCAAAGUUGAUUUGACUUUGGAUAGCCUACCUCUGGGGCUAGUUAGGGACCGUCAAUAUAUUCCACAAUGUAAAUGGGACUCUAUUUCCAUGUUGCACACCUUUUUUAGUUUUCUCAUUUAAAUGCUUUCAAUAUUUAUAUAUGAAUUUCUACAAUUCAUAGUUAGUAUCAGGUUUUUAAGUCAUUGAAUUUUAACAUAUUGUCAUGUACAUUGUGUAAUUUACUGAUGGUCCCUAACUAGCCCCAUAGGUAUAUCCGAAGUCAAACCAAAUUUACCAAGGUCCGUGUGCAUUCCGUACCCACGUGUUGGGCAUUAUGAUCGGGUUGCGUGCAGCUGCGCUCCGAAUUGAUGAUUACUUGGGUGCUGCCAGCUUUGAGCCUGUGGGUUUAAAUAAACUCAACCUGUUACGUUACUACCCUUCAUUCCUCUAUCUCGCAAAUCUCUGCUUUGGACGAGACUGACUUUAUCUCGCAAAUCUCCGCUUUGGACGAGACUGACUUUAUGACCAAAAUGAUCCUGUUUACACUUCGUAGUCUAUUUUGACACUAUAAUAAAUGUUUCUGACUCGUAUCGAUGCCACAAGCUGUUUUCAACCAGAGAAGUUGUUUUUUCUGAUUCGGUCACGUUUUCAAUAUAAAGUGUGUGUGUGUUCAGGUGGAGUGUCUCGACUACCCUGAGGAUCUGCAACCCUGAGAGCAUCCUACAGAGGAGAGGGAGUGGAGUGGAGAGGAGGGAGGGAGGGAGGAGAGAGAGAGAGAGAGAGAGGGGAGAGGGAGGAGGGGGGAGAGGAGAGAUAUGAUGGGCCUUUGAUGCAUGGGAUAUCACUCAGUCCAUAUGAUGGGCCUUUGAUGCAUGGGAUAUCACUCAGUCCAUAUGAUGGGCCUUUGAUGCAUGGGAUAUCACUCAGUCCAUAUGAUGGGCCUUUGAUGCAUGGGAUAUCACUCAGUCCAUAUGAUGGGCCUUUGAUGCAUGGGAGAUCACUCAGUCCUCUUCUCUGUGUGUGUUCAGGUGGAGUGUCCCGACUACCCUGAGGAUCUGCAGCACUGGAUCAGCUUCAUCUCAGCCAGCAGCCAGGCACUGAGAGCCCAGAGUGGACUAGUGGACAAGACUGGAGCACAGGAAGACAAAGACAAGUGAUUGAGUGGUGCGGUGGUCGACGAUAUGGGAGAAAUGAAGGAUCUCUGACAGAUCUGGGGUGUGUUCAUUAGUGCGAAACUGUAGGAAAACGUUUCCCAAUGAAAAUAAGAAUUACUAUUAGACAAAUGUAGGUAGGUUUGUUCCAUUUGGUUCAUAGUGAAUUCACCCCAGCUUCAGACGCUGCUGGAUCCUCCAUCUCUUCCACUCUGACCUGCUGCUAAGGCUGCGUUUACACAGGCAGCCCAAUUCUGAUAUUU